CACAGCGGUGCGUACUCUUAGUUGUUUCCCCUUACGCGAACGGAACGGACGUGUGUGCCCGUACUUGCGUGGCCAAAACUCAUCGUUUCAGUGUUGUAGCGUUUGUUCAUCUUGACUGCUGCUGCUGCUGCUGCUGUACCGUGUUAUACUCUGUUUUCACCCGGAGCGCAGGGAGCAAAAAGGGACCUGGUAGAAAGAUGUUCGCCUCACCGUGUCUACACUAACGGGUGCGUGUUUGUGUAUACAGUCAGUUUCUUCAGGAAUCUUCUCGCACGGCCGGUAGUAGCAUUCUCGUCCUCUACACACGGUGCAAAGUGCGUCAGCAGCAGGAGAAAUAUCUUGAAGCAUUAAAAAAAACAUAACUAGUAGCAGACCCCAUCCUGUGUGAAAAGUGUGUCCCAUGUGUAUGGUGCAAUAGUGCAAUUGCGAAUUCCCCCUCUUACCCCUUCCUACCCCUUACCGCGGGGGGAAGGUUCAUCGUAUCCGUGGCCGUCGUGUGUCUUUUUUCCGUGAUUCGGUUGAACGCGUAGUAGUAGUCGUGGUGGUUAAAUGGUCUUCGUUCGGUCCUCUCGAUCAAAGCAAUCCGUGCGCGUGUAUGUGUCGCUGUGUGGGUUAGUGUAUUGUUGUGUACAGUGCGUUUUGGGGCUGUGAAGUGUGCAUCUGAAGCUCAGAAGUGGCUCAAAAAAAGUUUGAAAAAGCUGUGAAUUAAAAGGGUGAAAAUUUGGUGUUGUUUUGUCCCCACCGAAGGGUGAAAAUAGUAAGCGUGUGAAAACAUCCCGGUUUUCCCGGUCCGAUUUAAUAUAGUGCGAUCCCGAUCCCGAGCGCGCGGGUGGAUUACGUGUCGUUUGCGCCGCUGCAAGAGCGAACACCCAUGGCCCGGCUUAUCCUCGUGUGGCUCGCCCUGUGCGCUGCCACCGUCCUUGCGAGCGGAUCGGCCGUGCCGCCGUCGGCCUGGUCGUCGCGGGUGCACCGAACGGCCCGGGAUACGAUGGGCGAUGGGCGGGACCACCAUGCCGCCGCCCAGCCCCGCUCGAUGCUGUCCUGCGACCGCGUCAACAACUUCUUCUCCUCCAUCAAUGUAACCGUCAGUCAAGGAUCACAGCACGACCAAGGCCCGGUGUGCGGCGGUAUCUGCUGCGAUGCCGAGACCGAACGACAGUUGCAGGCGAAGGCGACGAAAACCUUCGAACGACUAGUCAAACACCACAUCCGAAGCCAGCGGGGGCUCUGGGAAUCGGCUGCUAAUGUGUACAAAGACUAUCUGCUGCAGCUGCUGCAACAGUCGGAAAACAAAACGCUCAACCUGUUCUCGACCGUCUACCGCAAGAUGUCGCCGCUGUCCCGCGAGCCGAUCCGCGAGCUGUACGAAACCAUCCGCCAGAAGCUGCUGGCCGACCAUGCCGGGGACGAUUUCGAAAUGAUGACGAUUCUCUUCUUCCGCGAUCUGUUCCCGGUCGCGUACCACCACGCGAUCCACUCGGACGUUCACGGUACGGAGCGGGGCCGCCCGGCCAGCGCCGGCAACAGCAAUCGGGACUUUCACAGCGACUACAAGAACUGUCUGGUGCACACGUACGACGAUCUGAAACCGUUCGGCAUGGUGCCGCAGGAACUGUCCAGCUCGCUCGUGUCCUCCGUCAGUGCCGCGUCCGUGCUGCUGCGCGCCCUGCGCGAAGGGGCCGAGGUCCUGCUGAAGCUCGAGGAGGUGGGCGUAUCUGCGCCGAGCUGCCGGCAGGCGUUGCUACGCAUGAACUACUGCGGAAGCUGCAAGCGGUACAACCAUCUGCACGCCAAACCGUGCGCCGGCUUGUGCCAGAAUGUGAUGCGGGGCUGUCUAAUCGAGUUCGUUGGCGCACUGAACAAGGGCUGGUCGACGCUGACGGAGGCGAUCGUGCCGCUAAUCGGUACCGUCCGCUCGGUCGACGGCAUCGAGACGGACAUCAAAUCCCUGGACGGUAAACUGUCGAACGCCAUCAUGCACGCGAUGCAAAAUGGACCUCAGCUUGAAAAACAGGUCGAACAAGCUUGCGGCGUACCGUCGAUGAUGCCAUCCGAAUAUCUGGCCGACGGAUCGUACGACGAUGCACCGCAGACGCUGGCGGGCAGCAGCAAGUGGCCGCUCGCACCGAACAACGAGAUGCUCCAGUUCGAGAUGACGAUCGACAAGAACAAGGAUCUGUUCAUUCAGCUCUCUACGACGCUGUGCGAAGAUGAAGACUACCACCCGACGGACGAGGACUGCUGGACGGGCAGCAGCCUGAGCGACUACACCCAGCAGGUGGUGACGACGAUCGGCGACCGGUACAACCCGGAAGUGGUGUACAAUGCGAGCGCGACCGUCUCGCCCCACAUGCAGACGCUCGUCGAUCGGCUCAUCAAUCUCAAGACGGCAGUGAACAAAGCGUACUCAUCAAAUACGUUCAGAAGUGACGUAGACAAGAUGCAGUCCGAUAUGGCGGAAGGUUCGGGCGAUUCGUACCCCUCCGACGACGAUGAGGAUGGAGAUCUAGCCUCGGGUUCCGGCGACGACGUCAACCCGCGCACCAUUUUCAGAGACAAUCCCAACGUCACGCCCAGCCACACCGAUGUUAGCGCCGCGAAACGAAUCUCGACCAGCUCCUGCUGGAGUUUGAUCACCCUGGUUGCCGUGUGCCUGCAGGUGCUACUGCUCAGCAGCGACUUCUGCGGUCACUGAGAGACUGGUGCGCACACACACACACACCCGUCCUCCUGUCCCUGCUCUGGAUUAACACGACACACACACUCACCCUUCGAGAAGCAAGCGUAAGAAAUAGUGUAGCAUGAAAAUACGAGAUACGGCUACUACGUACACACUACUGCGGCGUACACACGAUCAUCUUCCUCAAGCCGGCGCAACGCAACCCAGUUCAGGCGGAAAGGUCGUCAAUUAAGUACCGAAAGGCGUGUGUGGCGGCGUGUUCCCUUGCGUGCACUGGCAACCGAUUCAUUAGUCAAGGCAUUAGUAUUCCCGCAGCCCGUCUUGGUGUGGGACGGCUGUGUGAUACCCGUCGGAGUCACUGCAAUCGCAAGGACUAAGUCAUGCACAGUCUGUUUUACUAUUUGAUGUUUCAUUCUUUUCUGUGUCACUCGUUAAGGUCUACUGUUAAGGAGAGCGGGAACGAAACGAAAUUCAGCUUUGAUGGUGGGCAGCUUUCCUAUUACUACGAUUGUAGGGAUUCAGUUCGUGCUGCUAGCAUUGGAAUUCAGCACCAGAGGUGCUUCCGGUUGAUCAUACCCCGCGCAGCUAUACGCGAAAAGGCCCAGCUUCUGUUAUUUUUAUGAUACGCCGUCUACGGCGGCCGCUAUCAACUGUUGUGUGUUUGUGUGUGUGCGUGUGUGUGUGUAUACACACGGUGCAGCUAAACAGGCUGCUCAGCAAAUCUCAAACCGAAAGAUCGAACGUUUCGAAGCUUGAUCUCUCGUGGAUGUGUCAGGUGGGGAUUUUUGUUUGUAAGAUUUCAGAAGUCAUUCGAGCCAACCGAUAACACAAAGAGAGGGGCGUACGUUUAGCAGGAGCGUGCGCUCUGAUGGUUUAAUGCCGUGAUGAUUCUUCCACUGUCAUUUAUUUAAUUCGAAAAUGUGUGUUUUUUGCGUAGAAAUCAAGAUUUUUUGUUUCCAAACCCUUGUCAGUCAUUGGAUCAUUCUGCACGACUUCCAUUUCGUCUAUUUCUCUCUUACUCUCUCUCUUUCUCUCUCUUUCUCUAUCUAUCUCUAUCAUCUCUUCUCAAGCGAGUAUGUCUACUUUAAUUAGUCGUUAACAAAAAGAAAAACAAGAAAAAACAGAUCAAUAUCGUAGCUAGACCAUUAUCAAAAAAACCGAAUUAAAAAAGCAAACUAAAAAAAAUCACAAAAAAACUCAUCCUAGAAUCACGAUAUGAUCAUCUUAUCUUUCUACUAAUCCAUACUAAACAAAAAAUGGAAUAAAAAGAUGAAUAAGGAAAUGUGUGCAGAUUUGAGCAGCAAGAAAUGGAAGAAUCGAAUCGGUCAUGAAAACAUUAUGUAAAUAAUUAACUUAAAUUCAAUCACCUAUCAAUGCUACCGUACCGAAACUGUAGCGGGCAAGUGGGAUGCAAACAACAGUUAUAACCAAGAUAAAAAAAGAAGCAAGAAAAAGAGGAAGAAGCAGAUUUUUUUCUUUCGUUUCAAAUAGCAACAUAGAAAUCAUGCCCGCAAGAAAACAACCUACGCAUAGAUUCGUAAACACUAGUUAACAAAUUCUUCUACACGCACGACACAUUCACUCGCAAGACACUUUGUUGACGCCGUGCCAGUGUGCCAGACGGUGUGUUAGCACACGGGAACACUCUGUCCCUGAUGUUGUGUUGCUUUCGGUGGUGUCGGACUAGCAAUUGAUAUCACGCGAACGGAACGAAGAGCAGUAUGAAUUUCCACUAAUCGUUGCAAACGAGUCGAGUUUUGGCAUGCGAGUUGCAUACUGUUAGGCGGCAUUGCUACCGCUUUCGAAAGUGUAUGCAAUUUGAAGCGCAAAAGUAGCUGCUGUUUUUAGCACGCCUAUCUGUCAUGGCAUGGGGCAUUAUCAAGCUAAGAUUUGUUCUGCCUAGUUCACGGCGUUGCUGUACUUCUUAUUUAUAUAUACACAACACACAUUCUUACUCAAUUUCAACCAGGCACAUAGUACGCCUGGUAGGCUACUGUAUGCUGUAUCAUCAAUCAUGGAGUGCCGCCAAAAGGAAAGGGCUACUGAAGCUAUCGCCAAUAUUUUUUUCUUUCUUUCAAAGUCAUUCGAUAAAGUCCAGAAACAAAAGUGUACAUUUUUGAGUGUGUGUGUAUGUGCGAAGAUUGUUUUUUUUUUUUGCUAUGUUUUGGUGCGUAGGUGUUGUUAAAUGCGGAAAUGUUGUUUUACGAUAGAACGUGCGCGGGAAGGAAUGAUUCGUUGUACAGUAGUGAUGGUACGGUAUGGUUUGUUGCGCCCACGCGUGGAAAACAGAACAGAAGCCCCACCCACUCGUGGUUGUGUGGUUAUGUGUGUGUGUGUGUGUGUGUGUGAAACGAGCCGGAAGUCGUUACGCAAUAGAGCGACACACAGAGACAAAUUAAACGCAAAAGCAAAAAGUAAUAACGAAGGAAAAACGGUCAACUGUGAGGUGUAGUAGCGCACGGAAUGCUAACCCAAUUGUUUGAACUAUCUGUGAUUGUGGGAAAAGAAGAAGGAGCGAUACGCAAAGAUGAAUACAAUCCGGUAUGCUAAAGAGAGAGAGAGAGAGAAAGAGAGAAAAUAGGAAUGUGUGUGUGUGUGGUUUUGGCGAGUGUGUUUGGUGAUCUUCGGUUUCUGGAAGCUGUAGGAAGGUGUGCAAAAUUAGAUGGUGUGCAAAAUUUAAUUUAUUGUUAGUAGAUUGUUGUUUACAUGGGCCUACUUACUGCUACUACUACUAAUACUACUACUACUACUACGACGACAAGCGUGCGAAAAAAGGGAAAGCGGGAAAGGCGUUCAGAAUCAAACGCAGUCUGAUCCGUAACGCUCCGUAACGCGUCCAAACUGCUAACAGUUUGGCGCAAGGGAAAGAAAAGGGAAGGGAAAUGUUUAAAUUAACACAUAGUUUACACCGCACACACUUGCGACACGAUUGAGAGAGGCCGAGAGAGAUAGAGAGUGAGUGGAAGGUUCACGUUUCCAGAACCAGACCGAUCCAGACAGAACGACCACUUGGGAAAGGAGGGUGUGCGAAAAGGGAAGCGUAAUCUUAUGGUGCCAUGAACCCCUUUUACUUCCGUGCGUUGAAAAGAAGAAAAAAAAUAUAUAGCAAAAAAAAAGGGUUUUGUUGUCAGAAUAACAAAUACGUCAAAACUCGUCCGCCAAACGUACGCGAGGACGUGCAUGAAACCAAUGGGGGAGAAACAAACACAAAUUUGCGGAAGAAGAAACGGAUCGCGAAAUACGGAAAGGAAUGCAAACAACAGCAGCAACAACAACAACAGGUAGCAUAAACAUUCAAAUGCUAAUUCCACUUCCAGUGAUAUAUCUUAGAUUUAGGAUUUUUUUUUUGUUUUUGCAAUUAUAUAUUAUGUUUCCGUAGUAUUCUUUUAACAUGUGCAUGUGUUGAUUUUCUCUGUCCCCUUCAAACACCUCCCCCCCGCUUUAGCCACGGUUCGGUAGCAAAGAAAUCAGUCUUCAAAAUUCGAGUCAUAAUUUGUAAAGCAAAAAAAAAACCCCUUACGGAAACUAACUUAAAAACGAAAAUCACCUACCGAAUCGCUAAAUGAGGGGGACAGUGACAGUGUUUUCCCGUUUCCUUCAUCCCGUCUCGCAAGCAUACAGCGCUUGGUGUAGUUCUAAAUUUUCAACGCUUGCGCACGCUCUGGAACAAAAUUCGAAAUCCGUGCAAACAUGCAAACAGAGGGGGGGGAAAAAAGCUUUCAAAGCCCUUAAAGCGUGCAAUCGGUUUAGCUAUGCAGGUGCAGGCUUCGUGGACAAGGCAAAACUUACCAAACAUCCCUCCUCCUUUUACUCCCUCCCCCGAAUACGGCUUCAUCCCUACGACGGUCGAAGUUGUACCGCAAAAUUAUUACCAUUAUAAGUGUUAAAAAAACUUGUUCGGAGAGCGAACAGGACAAAUCAAAGUGGGACGAAAAACAACAAAAAAAGCAAAAAACAAAACGCGAGAACGAAAGUGGAAGUGAGGAAGUGAAGCAAAAACAGAGUGGAAAAAGCGCAAUUUAUUUUGUAUUUAUCUAAUAAAUACAGUUCAAACACAGGAAGUAAAAAAAAAACAUGGAAACAAGAAAAAAGAAACGGUAAAUUAAAUAAACUAAGCGCAUGAGUAAAUAAGGUAGAUUCUAGGAUGGUAAUAUAUAUAAACAAAAAAGUAUAUAUAUAAAGAAUAGUUUUGAAAGCACGCAACUUGUUGGAACCGAAGCGGUGACGUAGCGGGGAAGAAAAACGGCACGACAGGAUCGUGGAUCGGAAAAAUGCAAUCCACACACACACACACACAUCCUACAACAGUCCCGUGUGUGCCGUGUGUGUGUGAACGCGAAAUGCGAGCGUAAUAAUGUGUAUUAUAUGUAGGCAAAAUAGGAUAUGAAGGGUUUUCUGUUCUGUUUUCUUUUUUUCUUUUCCUCGUCGUCGUUGUCGUCGAAAAGCAAGCAGAAGAAAUAAACAGAGCGAAACGCACUUAGAAAAGUGAUUCAGCGAAGCAGGACAAUGUGCUAACCAAUAGCAGUAGUAGGGAAAGAAUUGAAAUAAAAAUCAGAAAAAGCAACCUCAAAACACACAACCUCCUCACAAACGCACACACAUACACAAAAAAGCGGGAAAUUGUAGAAUGCAAACGAAAAAUAGACGGGCAUCUCAACCCUCCUUCCUCCCCCAGGCAGGCACAAUCGAUGAUCGAUGAGUGCGUGUUAAAUGAUGAGUCCUCCUACUCCACUUGAAUUAAUUUGCUUCCCAGUCUCUCGAUGUGAGAUAAAAUCGGUGCAAAUGUGUGCGAAACACAGAGAGAGAGAGAGGGUGGGGAAAAAGCAACACAAAAAUAAAUAAACGCACUGGAAAACGCAUAAAUGAACGAAAAAUAUAUACACAAACACAAGGAAGUGAAAUAGCCAUCGAGCGGUAGGGAAACGUUUUGCUGAAAAAUUGAACCCUCCAGCUGCAAAACUGCAAAAGUAAAACAAACACACUGCAACAAAAAAAAAAAAAAACAGGCAGAAAAAUAGAAUUGCAACAGAAACCCGUCAAACCAACCGAUACUGUGCAUAAGGAAAGAGAGGAAACAAUAAACAUAUUAUUCUGAACGAAUAACAAAAUAAAAA